AUGGUGGCCUCCGCGGCAUCCAGUUCCUCUUCACCACCCUCUUCCGACUUUGUCUUUCCUCCCUUCUUCCCGCUCGUUCGGCCAGGAUGCGAGAAUCAGGCGGACGCGCUCUUUGCCUGCUUCGACGCGGCGAACGUGCCCGGGGCUGGGCCUACCACGGUCGCAGGCCUCGCGCAGUGCCGCGAUUCCGCUAAGCUCUACGAAGCGUGCACGAAGAAGUCCCUCGCGGAUCCGAAGGUGCCGCUGCCCAUCGUGUUUGUCGAGUUCCAACCGGGGAGUCAGACGCAAAAGUGA